AUGUCUAGGGCAGACGAGGAACUUGUUGACAUGAAGAAGUAUCUCGAAGGGUUGUGCAAGUUAAAAUGUGUGAAACCUUUGCUUGAAUAUAAGGCAUGUGUCAAGAGAGUAGAGGGCGACGAGAGCGGGCACAAGCACUGCACGGGACAAUACUUCGAUUAUCGGCACUGCAUUGACAACUGCGUGGCUACGAAAUUGUUUGAAAAGCUGAAGUAACGAAGAGA